ACAUUAAAGAUAAAAUGUUUAUAAAACUUAAUAUUCAUUGAUGACAAUUGAACACAACUGAAAAUCUUAUUUUAUAAUGGAUGUCGUUAAAACUGUUUUACUGGUAUUUGUCUUGUGUAUAGGAUUUAGCUUUCAGUAUCCGUAUGACGAUUGUACAGGUUUAGGUUAUGAGGAAGUCUACGCGAACGUUGGUGACUAUAUAACAUUAGAGUGUAACACUUCUUCGAUCAAUGGCACAAUUUACGGUUAUUUAUGGCAAAUUCCAAGACACAGAUCUAACUCUGGUCCUAAAUGGCACCAUUUUACUGUCGAUAAAGAAUAUGCUGGAUUGUACAAAUGCUUCGUUUUUACUAAAGAGGGUGAUAUUUUAGUUGACGAGGUCUGCGUAUCUAUUUACGAAGAAGUCGUGAUUAAAUGGUUCAAGACACCUGAAACAUUGGAAUGGCCAGAUUUCAAUUUAGAAUUCGAAGUAGAAGGUAUUCCGCAUCCAGUAACAAAAUUAACAAACAGCAAAACUGGGGUAUUAGUGGCACAAGUAAACAGUAGUGGAGUGCAGAAUAUGACGUUCCGAAUGGUCACGUGCGUUGAAAACGGACAAUACCAGCUAACGGCUAGCAAUACAUACAGCAACGACUCCUCGAUGAUUAAUAUCACAGUCAGAGUUCCACCAAGACCAGAUCCAAAAUUCCCUGUAGCAUAUACGCUGAGCCGUCGGAUAGGUCAGAUUGCAAAGUUUGAGGAACACAUCCUUGGUUGUCCACAGCCAACGUUCACUUGGACGCAUGGAAAUUUGUCUUAUUCGACGGGCACUAAAAAUAUAUCAUACACAGCAAACACUGUGUAUGUUUCCUCAUUCAAGGACUUUGGGGUAUACAAGCUUGAAAUUGAAAACAACGCUGGGAUGUAUCGAACUUAUUUUACCUUAUUGGCUGAUGGGCAACCAGAUGCAGCAGCUGACAUUGAAGUGUUCAAUAUAACCGAUACUUCAGUUAUUUUGGACUUUCAACCUGGAUUUAAUUACAAUAAGGAACAGGUUUUUAAAAUCCAUAUAGAAACUUCUAGACAGGAGACGGAAAUCGACAUGCUUGUAAAUGACACCACAAAUGGGAUAGGAGGCAGUAGACAGAAUUGUACUGUAAGUCGAUUAGAACCUGGCACAGAUUACAAACUUACUAUUUUCGCCUAUAACAAAGAAGGGUAUGCUGAUCCGUCAUCCGCUGUUUAUUUUCGCACUGAAGGAUCAACAAAGACUGGUUCCAUGCUCAUUACGAUUAUCGUCUGCGCCAGUGCAGGAUUGGUAAUCAUCUUGGUGUUAACAGUGCUGACCAUUAGGAAGCGGAAACGAUCAGGUCCUACUAUGGAUUCCAUGAAAGAAAGAACCAGUUUGACAACAUCUUUUGUGGACAACGAUUACGCAUCACUUUUUAACGCGGGUGAUGCAGCUUCUUUGGGCACUCACGACAAGGAUAUAAUAACAAUGGAUAUAAUUCUGAAAGUGAUCGGUCUGGGACAUCUCAUCGAGCAAUUCAGGAGAAAAGCGGUCGGACCAAAUGAAGUACUGGUGCUAAGCAACGACGAUAUGAUAUAUCUCGGGGUAACCGCCAUUGGUCAGAAGAUUCGCCUAUUGAGAGCGUGUAGGAAUUAUCUAAGUGAGGGCACCAAGUAAAUAUAAACAUUGGAAGUCUUCAUUUACUUGACUAAAAGGACUCAGGUUGAGGUUGACUCAACGUGGUGUCCACAUUUUGAUUGAAUAGAUCUUAUUUUGUGUUUGGUAGGUAUCCCUGUUCCGAAGAUGAAUGUAACAAAUCUUUCUGGGUUCAUGAACAUUCGCCUUAUCUACUGUUAAUCUGCUGUUAAUGGAUACAAACAUAAAUAACCGUUUACCAAAUGUGACUACAAACCUGUUUUCUAGUUCCUGUCCUCAUUUGUAAUUCGAUGUCAACUAACACAUGCUGCAUUUUCAUAAAACAAUGACAAUUUCCAAUAAAAACUUCAUUUUAAUUCUAAACUAAGUUUUGUUGCAGGCAUAUUCUAUUACGUAAACAUAAAAUUAGUGUUUUCUUUAUUUAUCCUGUUUAGGAUACGAAACCUUAUUUAUAACGUGCAAGAAAUAUUGCGGGCUAGUGUUGAAAUUUAACAUACUGCAUAUAUAGGAUUUGGUGUUGCAGCCAAGAUAACACUACAAACGAUAUGAGAGAAUUGUAAUAAAAUAAUCAUAAACCCUUAAACGAUUGAUAUAAAUGUGUCUUGAGGAGUAUGUCAUGUUUACAUUUUUAAUUCAGAGCAAACCCUGUGAACUGAAUAGAUUGUGGUGGAAUUCGUUGACUUAUAAGUGUGAUAAGAUAUUCUGGCCAAAAAUAAUAACCCCACGGUUAGCGUUCCAUUUCAUGCAUAUGUGUUUCCUAUGACUAGUGUAAAUUUUUAAUUACAUGUUCAUUUUGAUGAUUUUGAAAAUUAUACACAAUAAAUCCAAAUUGUACAAAUACAUGCAAACAAUAUUAUUCAUAAAGUAAAUUUUGCAAAAUAAUGUGCCAAGUUAACUCUAUUAAGUUAACUACAAUAUUAUAUAUCAAUAUGUUGUUUCGAAUUGUUUGAUUAACCGUGAUUAGUAUAUUAUAAUAUUUUAUUGAUUGUUAGUAGUAUGCCAGAAGUAUGUGUUGCUUGAAUUACAUGCAUGGUGUAUGUUUGCACAAAUUAAUUAGUUUAUUGCAUAAUAAAUAAUAAUGAUUGUGAUUCUUAA